AUGACCCGAGUAUCAUUUCGAUAUAUCUUGGUCGGCGUACCGCUGCUUUGCGUAUAUCUCACGGCAUGUUACUUGAACAUUCAUAACCGUGGAUUGGGAGCCCGGAUUCGAAAGGUGGUAGAGGACCAUGAUAUAGUAGAGCCACUCGAGCUUCCACGACAUCCUCUCUUCAAGCCCAACCUGACAGAGAUUGACCCGCCGGUGGUCGACAACUUUCCCCUUGCGCAAGCUGCAGCUUCAGCUCGAGAACUACCACCCAUUCCUUCUUGGAAUUCUCCUCCACGGCCUCAUGUUCCAGAAAAGACACCUCUUUUCAUCGGCUUCACCCGGAACUGGCGAAUAUUGCAGCAGGCAGUGGUGUCGUAUAUAACUGCGGGAUGGCCACCUGAAGACAUAUAUGUUAUCGAAAACACUGGAACAAUGGAUGCCAACGAACAUGGGAAACUUAGCCUCCAGAACCCCUUCUUCCUCAACCAUACUCGAUUGCAUAUGCUCGGAGUCAAUAUCCUCACAGCCCCAACGCUCCUCACCUUCUCCCAGCUCCAGAACUUCUUCUUAUAUGUCUCUCUCAAAGAGCACUGGCCUCAAUACUUCUGGUCGCAUAUGGACGUAGGGGUUGCUUCUUUUGAAGAUGAAGAACCGUUCGAAUCUCUGUAUACGAAGGCUGUUUAUGCUCUGCGAAAUACAACAGUUCCUGACUAUGGACGCUGGGCUCAAGUCCUGUUUUCAUACGACCGCCUUGCACUUGUCAACACAGCUGCAUAUACCGAGGUGGGGGCGUGGGAUACACAGAUCCCAUACUACCUGACUGAUUGUGACAUGCACGAGCGACUUUCCAUGGCUGGAUUUAGGGUUGACGAAAAGAAAAUAGGCCAAAUCAACGAUGUUGGGACUUCAAUUUCUGAUCUGUUGUCCCUGUAUCGAAAGCAAGUCGGCCCAAAGGCGUCAUUUGUUGAUCCAAAUCCUCCGGAGGCUUACGAAAUAGACAAAAAAGGGCCAAAAACCAAGAGGGGCAAGUCAACAGACUCACUAUGGCCUGAAUAUACUCGAGGGGGUGAAUCAUACAAAGCUAUUGUGCGCACUUUUGAAGGGAUGGAUCAUUCCAAGUAUCGCUCGCCAAAGGGAAGGAAUAUUUGGCAGCAUCGCCAGACAGGAGGUCAAGGGGAACCGUAUUAUCGUGACCCAGCUGGUUUUGAAACAGCGCUUUGGAUGACGAUUGAUCACGGCCGGCUGGUAUAUGCUGAGAAAUGGGGCCAUAGGGAUUGUAACCUGCGGGAGGUUGGGUUGAGACCGGAGCACGCAUGGAUGGUGGAGAAGGACUGGGAGUACAGGGAGAAGCACCCUGAAUACGUGGACCCCAAAAAACUAUAA